AGAGAGAGAGAGAGAGAGAGAGAGGGGUUCCUAACUCUUUGGAUCUCGCUCUCUCCCCACCCCGCUCGUUCCCGUCACCGCCCCUCCUCCCCCAUUACCAUUCCCAUCCCCAUCCCCAUCCAUGGUGAGCUCCCCACCUCGAACCCUAACCCCACCCCUCCCCCGAUCCACCCCUAACUACCCCGAUCUCGUGAUCGGAUGCUCGUAGUCCGCGGCGGCGGCGGUGGCGGCGGCGAUGGGGUUUGAGGGCGGCGGAGAUGGCGGAGGUGGUGGGGGUGGGGGAGUUGCGGGGGAGGAGGAGGAUGUGGUGUCGGUGAAUGGCCUCUCCAUGAAGACCUCCGAGGUGGAGGCGAAGCUCGACGAGGGCAACAUCCAGGAGGCCGAGUCCUCUCUCCGCGAGGGCCUCUCCCUCAACUACGAGGAAGCAAGAGCACUUCUUGGAAGGCUGGAAUAUCAGAGAGGCAAUGUAGAAGCUGCUCUUCGAGUGUUUGAUGGAAUUGAUCUUCAAGCUGCCAUUCAGCGUUUGCAACCUUCUCUUUCUGAAAAGCCUUCCUCUAGGCGGAGCCGCUCACAUUCAGGUUCAGAUUCAUUGCAUUCGGUGUCUCAGCAUGCUGCUAGCCUUGUUCUUGAAGCCAUUUACCUGAAGUCCAUGUCCCUUCAAAAGCUUGGCAAAGCCAACGACUUUAUUAAACGGAGAAGAUUACUAAAUUAUGCAGAAGCCGCCCAAGAAUGUAAAAGUGUUCUCGAUGCUGUGGAAAAGAUAUUCCAACAUGGCAUACCUGAUGUGAUGGUUGAGCAGAAAUUACAGGAAACUGUUAGUAAGGCUGUAGAGCUCCUUCCAGAGCUAUGGAAACAGGCCGGGCUUUAUCAGGAAGCUCUAGCUUCUUACAGGCGCGCUCUUCUCAGUCAAUGGAAUCUCGACGAUGAAUGCUGUGCGAGGAUUCAGAAAAGGUUUGCUGUGUUUUUGCUAUAUGGCGGUGUAGAGGCUAGGCCGCCCAGUUUGGCUUCUCAAGUCGAGGGUUCAUUUAUUCCAAAGAACAAUUUGGAGGAGGCUAUCUUACUCCUAAUGAUAUUGUUAAGAAAAUGGUACCUUGGGAAGAUCCAAUGGGAUUCGUCGAUGAUGGAGCAUUUGACUUUUGCACUAUCUAUAUGUGGCCAAACUUUUGUUUUGGCAAAGCACUUUGAAGAAGUACUUCCUGGAACAUAUCCUCGCACUGAGAGAUGGUAUACUCUAGCUCUUUGCUAUAGCGGAGCAAAUCAAAAUGAAACUGCUUUGAAUUUAUUGAGGAAGUGUUUAAACAGACACGAAAGCCCAGAUGAUGUAAUGGCAUUAUUGCUGGCUGCUAAGAUUUGUAGUCAGGAUUGCGUUUUAGCUUCUGAGGGAGUAGAAUAUGCACAAAGAGCUAUUGCAAAAGCCGAAGCGGCAGAUGAGCAUCUGAAGAGUGUAGGCCUCCGCUUCUUAGGAAAUUGCUUGGGGAAAAAGUCAAAACGUGCUUCCUCUGACCAUGAAAGGUCUCGCUUGCAAGCUGAAGCUCUGAAGUCAUUAGAUGAGGCAAUGAAUCUCGAUCGUGAAAACCCAGAUUUGAUUUUUGAUUUGGGGCUUGAAUAUGCUGAGCAGAGAAACACAAAUGCUGCUCUAAAUUGUGCCAAGGAAUGUAUUGAAGCAACGGGUGGAUCGGUUUUAAAAGGCUGGAGGUUGCUGGCUUUGGUUCUAUCGGCUCAGCAAAGAUAUUCAGAAGCAGAAGUUGUUACUGAUGCUGCACUAGAUGAGACCGCAAAGUGGGCGCAAGGGCCGCUCCUUAGAAUUAAGGCUAAAUUGAAAGUGGCUCAGUCCUCGCCUAUGGAUGCAGUCGAAGCAUAUCGAUUCCUCCUUGCUCUUGUUCAGGCCCAAAGAAAGUCUUCUGGAUCUUUCAAAAGCAGUGCUGAGGUUGAGGACAAUAAGGUGAGCGAGUUUGAAGUGUGGCACGGUCUCGCUAACCUAUAUUCAAGUCUUUCACAUUGGAAAGAUGCUGAGAUAUGCUUGGAGAAGGCUCGCGCACUGAAGCCCUAUUCCGCUGCUAUACUGCACACUGAAGGUUCGAUGCACGAAGCCCGCGAUCAGGCCCGUGACGCACUGGCAGCUUACACCAACGCGCACUCCAUCGAGCUCGACCACGUCCAAUGCAAGGUAUCGAUCGGCUCAUUUCUGCUAAAACAGGGACCGAAAUCCUUGCCCGUGGCUCGGAGCUUCCUCUCCGACGCCCUAAGGCUCGAGCCGACAAAUCGGAUGGCCUGGUACUACUUGGGAAUGGUCCAUCGAGACGACGGGAGGGUGGCCGAUGCCGCGGACUGCUUCCAAGCCGCGUCGAUGCUGGAAGAGUCGGAUCCCAUCGAGAGCUUCAGCUCAAUCUCAUGAUCCCAGCCCGUCCUGCCCCCGCCCCUGCCCCCCGUGCCCGAAACUGAAGGUUUUGUCUGAGUUUUCUCUUUGCCCCCCCUACAUUUUCAGGUAUAUAGAUCACUGAAUUGGAUUUCGGAUGUAGAUUGUAUUUAUAGGUAAUUUCUCUGCCUGCUGUUCAGAUUUUUCGCCUCUUUCCUGCGAUAUUUAUAACUUGUGACAGAACUCGCGCUCGGGCCGCGGCGGUGUAUAAGUUUAUCUAAUGUGAAAUCUUCAAGGCUUUCUCUUUUUUGAUGAUUCA